AUGAGCAACCCAAACUAUACGGCUCGCCACUAUGGAGAGCGUGCCCGCGACUAUGUGGACAGUAAGGUACACAGUAUGGGCCCCGAUUUAAAUAAGCUGGAAUCCUUGGUUACCAGCAACAAAUUUGGGAAAGUCUUGGAUCUAGGAUGUGGCGGUGGACAUGUCAGUUAUUGUGUGGCCGCUCAUGUGGGCCAAGUGGUGGCAUGCGACGUUACGCAGGAAAUGCUGGCUAGCGUUAAGCAAGAAGCCGAAAAACGAGACUUGAAAAAUGUCACCACCGUUCAGGCCUAUGCAGAAAAACUGCCAUUUGCAGAUGGAGAGUUUGAUGCGGUCUUUUGUCGGUUUACAACUCAUCACUGGGAUGAUGCCAUGGCCGGAUUACGUGAGGCACGCCGGGUUUUGAAGCCUGCUGGAAUAGCGGUUUUCAUCGAUGUGGUCGCUCCCGUGUCGCCGCUAUAUGACACUUGGCUCCAGACUGUGGAAUUGCUGCGGGACGUUUCUCACACCCGCGAUUUUUCGGUUGCAGAAUGGGCCACAUUGCUGGCCAGUGCAGGGUUUGUUAUCGAGUCUACAGGCACGCAUCGUGUGCGCAUGGAAUUUCAAACAUGGAUCACACGGACCAAGACUCCCACAGAACGAGUUACGGCCAUUAGGUCUCUACAAAAAUGCGCACCAUCCAGCGUGGUGCAAUUUUUUGACAUCGAGAGUGAUGGGAGCUUCAAACUCGAUGUUACGACUUUCACCGUGAAGGUCAUAAACAACUAG